CCAAACCCGCUCCCUCUCCCUCUCCCUCCUCCUACAAUGGCCGCAGCAGCAGCAGCCAGCAGCAGACGCAGAGACCAGUAGCUUUCGCAGAGGCGGCAGCCACCACCGCCUCCUCCUCCUCCUCCUCAUCCGACGGUGUGCAACCAAGCGAUGGAGUUCUCCGGCGGCGCGACCGUGUCGGCGCCGUUCGGUUGCUGCCGUGCGGCGUGGGGCGCCGCGGCGGCGGGUGCGGGGGCGGAGGGAAGGAGCAGGAGGGUUGUGCCGCGCGCGGUGGAGCCGCGGCGGCGCGGGCGGUGGAUGGUGAGGUGCGUGGCGACGGAGAAGCACAAGGACGCGGCGGCGCGGCGCGGCGGCGUGGAGGUGGAGUUCGCCGACGAGGAGGACUACGUCAAGGGCGGCGGCGGCGAGCUUCUCUACGUGCAAAUGCAGGCGUCCAAGUCCAUGGACAGCCAGUCCAAGAUCUCCUCCAAGCUGCUGCCCAUACCCGAUGAAAAUUCAGUUCUUGAUUUGGUCAUCAUUGGCUGCGGUCCAGCUGGCUUAUCCCUAGCAGCAGAGUCAGCUAAGAAAGGGCUCAAUGUUGGUCUCAUUGGCCCUGAUCUUCCAUUCACGAACAACUACGGUGUGUGGGAGGAUGAAUUCAAAGACCUGGGCCUGGAGAGCUGCAUUGAACAUGUCUGGAAGGAUACUAUCGUGUACCUAGACGGUAACAAGCCAAUAAUGAUUGGCCGUGCGUAUGGCAGGGUUCACAGGGACUUGCUGCACGAGGAGUUGCUGAGACGAUGCUAUGACGCUGGCGUCACAUACCUCAGCUCGAAGGUGGACAAGAUCAUGGAAUCUCCUGAUGGACAUCGGGUAGUCUGUUGUGAAGGGGAUCGUGAGGUACUUUGCAGGCUUGCCAUUGUUGCAUCUGGGGCAGCAUCUGGUAGGCUUCUAGAGUACGAGGUUGGUGGUCCGCGUGUUUGUGUGCAGACUGCAUAUGGUGUCGAAGUCGAGGUGGAAAACAAUCCAUAUGAUCCCAGCUUAAUGGUUUUCAUGGACUACAGAGAUUGCUUCAAAGACAAAUUCUCACAUCCUGAGCAAGGAAAUCCAACGUUCCUCUAUGCCAUGCCCAUGUCAUCCACACGAAUUUUCUUUGAGGAAACAUGCCUAGCUUCUAAAGAAGCAAUGCCCUUUGACCUCCUUAAAAAGCGGUUGAUGUCUCGGUUGGAUGCAAUGGGAGUUCAUAUUCGAAAAGUAUACGAGGAGGAAUGGUCCUACAUUCCUGUUGGAGGGUCCUUACCAAAUACAGACCAGAAAAAUCUCGCAUUUGGUGCGGCAGCAAGUAUGGUGCAUCCUGCAACCGGAUACUCGGUGGUUAGAUCAUUGUCUGAAGCUCCAAGAUAUGCAUCUGUGAUAUCUGAUAUCUUGAGAAACCGUGUCUACCCUGGAGAAUAUUUGCCUGGAACCUCUCAAAGUUCCAGUCCAUCAAUGCUUGCAUGGAGAACAUUAUGGCCCCAAGAACGGAAACGUCAACGAUCAUUCUUCCUUUUUGGGCUGGCUUUGAUAAUCCAACUGAAUAACGAAGGCAUUCAGACAUUCUUUGAAACCUUUUUCCGGUUGCCCAAAUGGAUGUGGCGAGGAUUCCUUGGUUCGACGCUUUCUUCAGUGGAUCUCAUACUCUUUGCAUUCUACAUGUUCACAAUUGCGCCGAACCAAAUGCGAAUGAACCUUGUCAGACAUCUCCUCUCUGAUCCGACCGGCUCAACGAUGAUCAAGACCUACCUGACCUUGUAAAACCAUUUCAGCAGUCUACAAGAAUAUUAGGAAAUGUACAGUUUUGUAGUUUGUACAUAACAUAGUGAGAGCCAGAGGAUAUGGGGGUUGGGGGGUUACUUAUCAUGCUAGAACAACAAAACACUGCAAGAAUUUUAUGCAUGAAUUUGGCAAAUGGAAUAGAUUAUGCAGAAUGGGAACACGUGAA